UUGAAUUCUUUGUCUCAUUCUGAGUAUUCUAUUUUUGAACUUUGGGCCGAUGAUGAUUUGGUCAAGAUCAUUAAUCAGGAAACUCCUGAAAAUGUUUCUCAAUAUGUUAGAAACAACGAGUUUCAUGGUAAACUCCGAUUGAUGAUCUAUGGAGAUGAAUUCGGAGUGUGUCGGGCUGUAAGAGAAUCGUCCGACAAGUAUAAACAGUAUGUCAUUUAUAUUGACAUUGACAAUAGAAUUAAAAAUUCUAAAAUCAAGGACAUACAUUUAGUCUUGAUUUGGCGUUCAAGCGAUCUGAAAAAAUCUGGUCGAUCGCUUGAACAUAUAACUGCUCCACUUUGUGACGACAUCAAUAAGUUGUCAAAUAGUGGAAUUUCAUAUGUUUUGGAUGGCGAAAGCAUCAGAAUUCCUUUCUGUGUUUCGCAUAUCCUUGGCGAUAACCUAGGUGUUGCUCACUUGUUGGGCUUCCGUAUGUCAUUCGGCAAUGCCUUCAUCUGCAGGUUUUGUGCACUUCAAUAUUCCGAUUUAAAAUCAUUGGACAAGAAUGGAAAUGAUAAAUAAGUUUUCACUUCAGCAGAACCCAGAUCACUCCAUUAACCAGAUUUUCACGUUAAUCAGAUAUUCACGUUAACCAGAUAUAUCAGCUUUGUAUUGAUUAUAGAGCCCUGAAUCGCAUCACUAUUGAUGAAAAAUUAGGAUAAAUUGUUUUCAGAUUGCUCCACCUGAUAUUUUCCAUGAUUUAUGUGAAGUUACUUUCUCUAAGAUCAUUGGAAAAAUAUUCCAUGGUUUAAAAGCAAAAUUCGGUUUGCAGUUUGUUAAGAAUAGAUAUAAUUCUUUUCAAUACUUUGUCAACGAUAGGAUAGCUAUAUGCUUUAAUUUUAGAAAAAUUAAAGUUUUAGGGAAAGGUAGCUAGAAAAGAGAAUUACUCAUUCGCCUAAUGGAGUUAUUUCCAUAAAUGAUAGAAAAUCCAUUGGACUUUGGUCUCUACUUGGCGGCCAGAAAUCUGAUUUUUCUAGCUAGAAUAUUCUUCUUCCGUUUGGCAACAAACGGAAAGAAAUUUUCAAGUGACCUGUAUACGAAAUGGAAUAUUCCUAAGUUCCAUUAUGUUAUCCACUAUCUAGAAUUGUUACUUUUUUAUUUGUUAUAAAAGUUAUUCAUUUAUUACUACAUAUUUGGUAGCAGAUCGUGUUUACA